GUGCGAAUGGAACUAUAUGGUUGCACUAAUUUGACAACGGAUGCAAAUCCUGAGACACCUGUUGUUACUACACCAACUGUUACUGUUCCCAGUACAACAGUGCGUGCCCUUCAAAGCACUGUUACAUCAAGUUCAGUUGUGACCCCUACUCCAAGUGAAGAAAUUACAACUGCCUCCAAAGAGUCAGGUUCUGUCAAAACUGCAAUCCCUACUCUUCACAGUGGUACAACAAAGGCCACUACAAAAGCCAUAAACAAUGUUGUCAAUACUGAUAAUAAGAUGAAGGAACCACAUCCUACCACUUCAGUUAAAGUUCCCUGGUCUGUGCCAUCUGAUGAACCAGUUGUAGCAGCACAAACAGAUCAAGAUGUGGAUGAGGAUUACUUCCUAGAUGACAAUCCUGUUCGUUUAUCUACCACUUCAAUUGUGGUACUUUCAGUGACUUCUGUAUUUGUGGUCGUUGUGAUGGUGCCUGUCGUUAUGUUUGUGAUUUUUCUUCACCAACGGAAACAGAAAAGAUGUUCUUUUCCAGAUAAGGGUGAUGGAAUUCCACUUCGUACUGUUGUGAUUGAUGAGAAUCUUUGCAGCCAAGAGUUUUAUGAUACCUACAAAUAUGGUGUGCCCACAGGGAAAUGCAAUGCAGUUGAUUUCAACUUUCUGAAUCAAGGUGCUGUGUAAAACAAGGAGCAGGUUAUGGAUGUUAUGAACUGCACUUCUAGUGGUUUGCCUGGUGGACAGCUACAAUGUGUAUGUGUUCAUGUACAACAAGUGAUAGUCUUCUUUUGUGUGCUAAAAUGCAAUGGAAACAAUCUGUUCCAUGCACUGUCCCAGCGUAGGCAUGCUUAAAGCAAAUUAUAAUAAUGAGUUGUUAUAUAUUAUUAAGCAAGACUUUCUAAAUGACUAUUUUCUUUAUUAAUUUAUACAGUUAUAAUUAGUUAAAUACUAAUUAAUUGAUGUGAUCAUCAGGAAAGGGAAAACAUUUUGGUCAUUUUUACAGUUGCAGAUGUAUUAAAACACUUCUGAAAGAAUGAGGUGCAUUGUGCAGGUCCAGAGAAUAUCCGUACCCCCCUCCCCACAGAUGGGAUUUUAGGAAAAAUCCCUUCUGUGGGGGAGGUAUGGAUAUUUUCUAGAACUACGCAUUGUAACUCAAACAGCUGGGGAUAGACUUGCCGAC